CCUUUUCUAGGUAAGAUGGACCCGCGCCCUUCAUUCAAACACAGAAAAUGCUUUGCCGCUAGGAAGAGUGAAGUGGCUUCUAUUCGGAUCAAGUUUCCCAACAAACUACCGGUGAUCCUUGAGCGCUAUCCCAAGGAGAAAAUAUUGCCGGUCAUUAACAAGGUCAAAUUUCUUGUUCCGGAAGAGCUCACUAUGGGCCAGUUUGUCUCAAUUAUCCGAAACAGAAUGUCCAUCGGCCCCACACAAGCCUUCUACUUCCUGGCUGAUAAUAACCGCAGUAUGGUUAACAUGUCAUCCACAAUGUUUGAAGUGUAUUCAACUUACAAAGAUGAAGACGGCUUCCUGUACAUGACCUACGCCUCACAGGAGAUGUUUGGCUGACCGCCCCGAG